AUGCAUCUCGCGCGGAGCACACCGAUACCGAUGACGUUCCAUGCUCUGGCGGCGCUGGCGUGGCUCCCGACGCUCGCGGGCGCGCUGGCCGCGAGGGAGGCGGGCAUCGCGCUCCCGCCCGAGGCCGAGCCCACAGCUCUGCCCGAGCAGGGGGCCGCGCACGAGAGGGCGACGAAUCGCCUGACGGUCACGACUCAGCAGGCAUACGUGGAGACUGGGCGGCUGUUGGACGGAUUUGCCAGCAUGAGCCACUCGAGGCACAUCCUGCAGUUUGUGAUGUCGCUCCCCACGGCUCCGACGCUGCCCUCAGGCGGCUGCCUGUACCUCCCCAACGACGCGACCUGGGCGCUGGCCUACCAGCACCUGGAGAGCACCCGUUUCCUCCCCUCUUCGCGGAGAUGA